ACAUAUUGGCUGCCAGUCACCCGUUGAACCAACUGUUAAUAUAAACACCUCUCUCGUGAACAGAAUAUACAACAGCUAUUUUCUCUUUACUCUCCAGAUACCAAAGAAAACAAAUGAAACUUGAAAAGCCAAUGACUUGGAAACCAUGUAUUUUCUUACUGUUUCUACUAUGUAUCUUCAUAAUGUCCUUCUCAUAUGGAGUCAUUGAAAUAUUUAAUAAACAGCAAAUCCUGAAGAUGGAUCAAUUAGAAUCAAGUUCCAAAUCAACAAUGACCACUAUUAGAAAGGAUCGAGGGAUAUGGACUGUAAACUCAAUUGGCCGUCUUGGCAAUCAAAUGGGUGAGUAUGCAACUCUGUAUGCCUUGGCUAAGCAAAACAAUCACCAAGCAUACAUACUUCCAGAGAUGCAUGAGUACUUAGCACCAAUCUUCAAGAUCACUUUACCUGUGCUUCAUAGUAAAAUUAACAAAAACAUAGAAUGGAAACAUUACGCGCUCCAUGACUGGAUGUCCAAUGAGUAUUACAACAUUCCUGGGGAUUAUGUGAAGCUAACAGGCUAUCCUUGCUCUUGGACCUUCUACCAUCAUAUUAAAGAAGACAUCCUUAGGGAAUUCACCUUCCAUGAUUUCCUCAAAGACGAGGCCAACCGGUACCUGGAAGGUAUUAAAGGGAGUCGGGGAAAUGUCACCUUCAUUGGAGUCCAUGUGCGAAGGGGGGACUAUGUGCAUGUUAUGAGAGAUGCAUGGAAGGGAGUGAUAGCAGAUAAGGCCUACAUUGAUAAAGCCAUGUCUUAUUUCAGGAACAAGUAUCAAGAACCUGUGUUUGUGGUAACCAGCAAUGGCAUGGAGUGGUGCAAAGAGAACAUUGAUGCUUCUAAAGGAGAUGUGUGUUUCUCUGGUGAUGGAAAUGAAUCAAACCCAGCAAAGGACUUUGCUAUUCUUGCUCACUGCAAUCACACCAUCAUGACUAUUGGGACAUUUGGCUACUGGGCUGGGUACCUUGUUGGUGGGGAGAUGGUUUAUCUCUCCAACUUCACACUCCCUGAAUCACCAUUCCUGAAAUUUUUCAAGUAUGAAGCUGCCUUCCUUCCUGAAUGGCAUGGGAUCCCAGCUGACCUUUCACCCCUUCUGAAUUCAAUCAAACCAUAGAUCGAUGAAUUGCUCUACUUCACUACUUCAGAGGACACGCAUGCUUGCCUUCAUCUCUGCCAAAUCAAUAUGGGAGCAGCAGCACUGAGACAAGGUCUUAAAAACAAUUGGAAAUUUCAAAUUGGGAGAAAAUGGGUAAAAAUAAUUGCCGAUUCCAAAUUUAAAAAUAAAAAAAGUUUAAACCAAAAAAGCUUGGAGAACAAAACAAGAGAGAAUGGUAUUCCAUGCCAAACAAGGAGGCGAGUGAAAUGGGGACAGUUUUGGCUGAAUUCAGAAAACUCUGUAAAGAUGUGAACACCAGCCUUCAAAUAGUAGAAGAGGCUGAAAGCAGAAUUAGUGAAAUGGAAGACAGCUGCAUCAGCCAGGAGAGAUUGUUAAGAAAGAAAGGCAUCAUUGAUUAUUGCAAUUCAGUCUGAUCCGCAGGCUACAUUACAACCCAGAACAUUAUUUCAAACAGUUUCUCAGAUAACAAACAUCAUUGUACCACCUGAGCCACGCCUGGUAUGUCUUGGCGAUAUGUCUUUAGUGACAAAUAUGGGCAUUGGGGAUGUUUGAUUUAUUAAGAUGGCACUAAUAACAGCUGAUAAAUGUAUUGCUCUUUGUUGGAAAAAUGAUAACUCCCCAAAUAUAUCUAUGUGAUUUGGGAAUAUUUGCUCAUAGGAUUUGCAAAAGGAACCGGCUCUAUUUGAAGAGAUAUGGAGUGGAUUUAUUAACUUCCUUAACUCCUCAACUUAUUUUGCCACCACAAAGUAUAGCUCCCUCCUGACCAGAGUUUAUCCGCAGUCCAGUUAUUUUUGUUAUAUAUGUUAUAUUAUAUAACAUAUAAUAUAACAUAUAUUAUAGAACAUAUAAUAACACAGCUGCUUAAAAUGUGUUUCUUUUAAGCAGCUCUUAAAAUAAACAAAUCCCCUGGGCCGGAUGAGAUCCUCCCAAUAGUACUCAAAGAAAUGAAAGAAGUUAUUUAAAAACCGCUAACCAAGAUCAUGCAACAGUCUCUUGACACAGGGUUGUACCGACAGACUGGAAAAUUGCAAACUUAAUACCGAUCCACAAAAAGGGAGACAAAACCGAACCAGGUAACUACAGAUCAAUAAGCCUGACCUCUAUUGUAUGUAAACUUAUGGAAACUAUAAUAAGAUCCAAAAUGGAAAAUUACUUAUAUGGUAACAAUAUCCUGGGAGACAGUCAGCGUGGUUUUAGGAAAGGGAGAUCGUGUCUAACUAACCUGCUUGAUUAUUUUGUGGAUGCAACAUCGACAAUGGAUAAUUGCAAAGCAUACGACAUGGUUUAUUUAGAUUUCCAGAAAGCUUUUGACAAAGUACUGCAUAAAAGAUUAAUUCUCAAACUGAACGCAGUAGGGAUUCAAGGAAAUGCAUGCACAUGGAUUAGGGACUGGUUAACAUGUAGAAAACAGAAAGUACUGAUUAGAGGAGAAACCUCAAAAUGGAGCGAGGUAACCAGUGGUGUACCACAGGGAUCAGUACUAGGUCCUCUGCUAUUCCUAAUCUACAUUAAUGAUUUAGAUUCUGAUAUAGUAAGCAAACUUGUUAAAUUUGCAGACAACACAAAAAUAGGAGGAGUGGCAAACACUGUUGCAGCAGCCAAGGUCAAAUUUUCCAUUUUGGAUCUUAUUAUAGUUUCCAUAAGUUUACAUAUAAUAGAAGUCAGGCUUAUUGGUCUGUAGUUACCUGGUUCGGUUUGUAAACCUUCUUAUGUAUGUUCUUAUAUGUUAUUACUUUUAACAGGUUGUUUGGGUUUUUUAUUUUUGGUUUGUUUUUGUUUAAGUACUGCAUUAUAUUUCAGGAAGGUAUGGUGGGAAUCCAUGUAGAGGAACUACUGUUUAACUUUUCUAUUGUUUUUAUAAUUUUAUUUUCUGUCAUUCUACUGUGUUUCGGAUAGUUUGUUGUUAUAUAGAUAGAUUUUUAUUACAGAGUUUCCAAAUGUGAGGAAGAAUGACACAAAACUGACCUUCAAAAAAAAAAUUGUGAAUAAACUUGAAAGAUGAAAUACCAGAGCUUUUAACAGUUUGGGUAUAUUAGAUGCUAUUUGAUCUGUUUCCAUACUUUUGUUAAGCGCUUUGUGAUCAUUUGUCUUUAUUAAUAAAGAUUAUUAUUAUUAUUAUUAUAAUAAC